AUGCCGUCUUCAUCAGCUUGCCAACCACUCGAUGAAACAGCGGCCAGACCAGGCGUUAUUGCGCACAUGAUCGACGGUUUCAUAAUCGAAGAAUACCUAGAGCCGCUGCCGAGCAGCUUUGCAACGAGUGUUCGCGAGAACAAACAGACCGCGCCUCCCGUCCUGGGCCCGCGCUUGUCCCUUGCAUCAGCUACUGCUGCCGCCUUAGACAAGUGCACGUCCCUGCCAACUUCUGUGACGAGCGUAGUCCCGACCAUGUCACAGGCCGUGACUGCGGUCGUGAACACCUACCAGGUCCCGACACAUUUGUCCCUUGCAUCGGCUCCUGCUGCGCCCUCAGACAAGUGGAUGUCCCUGCCGACGGCUGCCUCAAGCGUAGGUCCGACCAUGUCUCAGGCCACGACUGCAGUGAUGAACACCUACCAGGCCCCAACCUAUGAUAGUGGCCCUGUCUCCCUCCAAAAGUGGGCCGUUGACCAGUUUACGGCACCACUUGGGCAAGCGUGCAAGCCGACGUUCUUCAGGAACAGUCCAAGAAAAUGGACAGUGGAAGAGGUGACUGGCUAUAUAUGGGGGAUUACAGGCUGCGCAGACUACGCCGAAAAAUUUCGCACCCAGGAGAUCGAUGGAGAGGCGAUGUUCCUUCUUGAAGAACAUCACCUUAUGACAGUCAUGAACAUCAAACUCGGCCCAGCACUCAUCAUAUGUUCCAGGAUAAGAUCACUGCAAGAAAAACUGUAG